CACAGAUGAAAAACAAAAACAGCGUUUUGCUGUUCUUUUCAUACACAGGGCAAGGGUUCAUCGUGCGGUGGUUCUGUAGACACGCUGUGGACAGCUCCUGACUGGACGACCACUGGAAACACAUGACAAAAGACAACCUUUAAAAAAAGCGAACAAGAUGGCUGCAGAAAACUAUACAUUUGAUGAUGGACACAGAGGAAGGAAAGAAGGUGCAGGUCAAUUGGCUCGGGGCCGAUAGAAAUGCAGAGGAGCAGCAACACAGGAAUGUGCAAAGAGGAAUAAAAGAGACUUAUAAAGACUGUGAGGCCGAUUCUCCUCAUGGUAACACAUUAGAUGGACUUUUCCUGCUCCAAUUACAUUGUGUCGAUAAACCGUCUGAGCUCUGCUCUGUUCGCAUCAGUGAGCAGAAACUGAAUUCUGUCAAGCCAGAAGACCUCACGGUGUUUGACAACGUAGCGUACAUAGAUGCGUCUGUUAACUCCCUCUCGUUAGGGUCUUUCAGCAGCUUUGUGUCUUUAAGAGAACUCAAUCUGUCACUAAAUGGGCUUUGCAACAUGACGUUUGAUGCUGCUCACUUCCCUCAUCUCCAGGUGUUGGAUUUGUCCUACAACAGUUUGUCAUCUGAUGAUAUUGUUUCCAUCGGUCGUCUUCCACGUCUAAAAGUUCUUCAUCUGACUGGAAAUCAGCUUCAUCGUCUUCCUCCUAAUCUGGGUUCCUUCAACCAUGACCCGACUCAACAGCCCGCUAAAGAAGACGACACAGAGUUUAAAGCUCUUGAAGUUCUGAUGCUUGACGAUAACAAACUGUCCUCUGGAGUCUUCAACAGUCUUGCAAACCUUAAGAGGCUGAAGCAUUUAAACCUACAGGGGAACCUUAUAUCUGAAAUACCAUAUUUGCCACUGACAUGUUCAAAACCUCGGCAGACUUCUGUUGAAGAGCAAGCUGAAGAAGAGGCACUUGCCCACACUGAGACAAGUCCUAACGCCGGUAUUUCACAGGAACACUUGAAGGAAGGAAACUCCAGUUUCCCACUACCUGAGCUUCAGUUCCUCAAUUUAGCCGACAACAAGAUCGCAGAGGAGGAAGCACUGAUGGCUGCUGCUGUUUUCCCAAUGCUUCGAGAAAUGGACAUUCACUCCAACCCUCUGACCACGCAGAGAAGUGGAGACCCUCCCUUACUCACCUAUUACCUCCACGAGAGACUGGGGAUUACCAUAAAGCGUAAGAAGACACAAGAGGUGGCGAAGCUCCCACUGAAGGCGUCCACUGAUCCUAAAUGGAAGGUGGAGGAAAGAAUCCCAAAGGGGUCAAAGAAGCUAUUGUUGAUGGACGCACCUUGUUCUGCCCGAAGUGAGACGAAGAAAACACCAGAAUCUGAGGGCGAGCACGACACCUUCCAGGAAAACACAGAGCACUUCUUUCUUACUCAGGCAACAGAUGUUCCUGAAUAUGAGUUUGACCUUCCAGCUGACGAGAAAGAAACUGCAGGGAACAAGGAACGAUUGAUGGAUGCAAAAGCUAAACCGAGUCCUGAUGUGGUGGAGCCCGUCGGAAUCCAAACCGCUGUUCGGAUGCUGGAACACACACUGAAGAAUCUUAAUGUUUACAGAGACUCAAAACCAAAGCUUGAUAGCAUCCAGAUGCCACACAGAGAAAGAGAGACAAGGAUUAAGGAACUUCCAGCCGUGAAGCCAAUAAAGCAGCCAGCUGAAAGGGUUAAUGAAAUGAUCAAGGAAAUCAAGGAGAGCACAACGAUCAGAGUAGUCCCCUUAAGCAGCGCCAUACAAGGCACAGGCGUCAACGAGCAAGAGCGCAAGGAAGCUCUGUCGCUGCUGAGAGACAUGAAGACGAUGCACAAGAUGGUCCAUAAGAAAACAAUGGAGCAAGCAGCCAGCAUUGAGUCUGACAGAAACACCAACCAAAACGGAGCUGAACCUCCACCUGUGCAGAAGCUCCCGAGUGCUUAAAGCUCAACUGUUUUCUCUCAGGCAACACGCUGUGAUAAGCAGUGAGGAAGAUGUGGAUUCCAGCGCACAUGAAGUGUCCUGAAGCAUUAAAGCGCUGCUGCUUUACAGACUGCUCCGACGUCUUUAUUCAUUUCACUUUUCACCUCCUGACCAGAGAAGAAAGACAACAGAACUGUGGUGGAUUUAUAGCACAAUUACAUCCACGACGAGCCCAGUGGUAACUAAAAAUAUAAGUGUUCUUAUCAACCAAUGAGUGCUAAAGCUGAACACCUUAAAAUCAGCCGGAGAGCAUUUAUACUGCAUCAUGGCAAUAGGUUUGAUAGACCUUUGAGUCGCUUUCUCAUCAUUUAUAACUGUCUAAUAUCUUCUGUUUUGUUGAGUCUAGUGGAACCUGCUCGUAUAGUCUUAAAUACAACAAUGUGAUUAAAUUAAUUUAGUGAUGCUAGCUGUGCUCAUUUUUAUUAGGCCAGAACAAGAGUAUUUAAUAGAGCAGUGGUUUGUAACUUUAAGCAGACGUCUGCAGUUCAGUAUGAUUUACAUCCCACAUUUAUAUAACACCUCGAUGAUCGUGUUUUAUUGUACCGUAAGUUGAUAUUGUAAGCUUUUAUUUCCUAAAAGCUUACAAUGGAUGCUUUUUCAUUUCUAGUCAUGUUCUGUUUUUGUUCAUUCUCUUUUGGGAGAAUCUGUGGAAUGCAGGUUCAGCCCAGGUGGAGUAAAUCAAUAGGUGCUCUGAAGAUAUUUCAUGGGAUUCUACAUUUAUACAUUCGUGUGUGGGUGUUUCCCUGCUUCUGUAUGACUGGAAAAUGAUAUAUGUAUUACAUACAGUAAGAACGGGCUUUGUGUUACUAGUAUGUUGUCGUUCUAUGACGCGUGUUUCACAUGUUCAACAUUUAUUAUCCAUAUAUUUGCAAUAUUUUUUUCCUGUAACAAUGCCAUAAGUAUAGUGUACAUACACAGCAGUGUGGUUUGAUUUAAAAUUGAACAGUUUUGAUCUGGUGAAUAAAUUCACAUUUUGAAAGCUA